AUGUUCCACCGCUCAAAGACCCGAUUCGCUGUCAUCACCGAGCCCUACCUGAUACGACUGGAAACCCACCUCGAACGGCAUGGAAAAUGGCGCCUGGCGCAGAGACUCCGUCGCAAACAGCACAAGUGGCGUCCCCCCGCCCCGGAAGACUGGACGCAAGUCCACCAAUACAUCGAGUCGAAACAAACCGUGCUUUUCGUCAUCCAAAUCCAAACAUGGACGCAGCAGGCGCUGCAUAGGUGCUACCUCGAGUUGACAGACGGUAGCCCCGUCAGCGACGAAGACGGAUUGGUGAGCACGAUGCAAGCCCUCCAGGAAGCUCUACCAACCGCCGGCGAAGGAGUGUGGUACGCCGAAAGAGAAUGCCACAACAAGGCGCUCCGGGUGCCCGAUGGACCUCUGCAGCGGGCCUUGCGAACUCACGAGCGGCAGGCUAUGUCUCACCUGAGGGAAUGGCAGCGGAAUGAGUGCGCGGCCAUGGGAGGCUGUUGUGGGCGUGGCUGUGGGUGCUGUUCGAAGCCAAGGAAUCCUGACGCUUCGAGGCGACAUUAUGGCCAUUGUUUUGCAUACUGCGUGUGUUGCUGCGAUGAGAGAGGGUUUGAUCUCCGGGCUCAGACUAUAGCCGAUGAUCCCACGCGGGUGGUGUUUGAUUUGACUAAGGGGCCAAAAAAUGAUUAUCAUAGACACCUGUUGGAUGCUUAUUUCUGGGGCUUGGAACGGUGA